AGCUUGGACUUCAAAGAUUGCAGCGACCACUACGAACCCGGUCCAGCAGCUUUUAAGUGCAAGUUUAUUGUAAUAUGCAACGUCUUCGAAAAAAUAAUGAAGGUUUCCGGUCAUUCUGAAAAAAAGAAAAUAUUCAAUGGAUUCCUCGAAAAAUGGAGGGAUACUGGCGAUGCCGACUUUUUUCCUGCGCUACGCUUAUUUCUUCCUAAAUUGGAUAAAAGACGAAUCCCAUAUGGUAUUAAAGAGGCAAAGCUAGCAAAAUUAUAUAUUGAAGCUCUUCAAAUUCCACCCAAUUCGAAGACUGGACUUGCUCUACUGAGUUGGAAAACCACACGAACAGCUUCUGAUUCUUUAGGGGAUUUUGCCGCAGUGGCAAGCGUCGUUUUGGUUCUAACUUAUGGCAUACGGUAGAACGACGCCCCUAUGUUGAACUGAUUCUACAAUUCACUUUCUCAGAAAGACCGAUGCUCUUCCACUCCCUCUUUAAGUAUUGCCAACGUUAACAAGUACCUAGAUAUGGUAACAGUUGGUCAGGUUUCGUUGGGGGCUUCUAACUCGGUAGUAUAGCUGGCAGAGGCUAACAUGACUUCCAAUGACUUAUCUCACAAAGAUGCUUUACUAUUUUUUAUUAAGUAACGUAAUAUACUAUAGUUGCUUAACUUAAAGUAACGUUGGAGUUUCGUCCAGGCACCUCACUUUUUUCGAACAGAAAUGGUUUAUUCGCAUUGUUAUGAAGGACUUGAAAAUCGGUAGAUUUUAUUUACAGUAUUUAGCAAAUAGGAGCAUAUAUUGUUCUCAAGGUUUGUCUGAAGUUAGUGUGUUUGACUGUAUACACCGCGAUGCUCUCGAACUUUUUAAUGUUUGCAAUGAUUUAAGGAAAGUGUGCCAAGUAGCGCCUUUAUUAUAAACUUGAAGCAGGCAUAACCGCUAAAGCAAUGUGUUUCAGGCCUUGCCAAAGCCUGACAGCUGUCUGCCUGACAGAGAAAUUAGACUUUUUACUUCUUUUAAGCCGAUGCUUGCCGAUAGUAAGACGCUUAAGGAGGCAUGUUAAGAGAGUGCAGCUUCUUGCGACGCGCUGUAAGGGUACUGUUACAGGUGGCAAAGUUUAUUGAAAGUUUAGGGGAAGUGUUCGUGGAAACAAAGUUUGACGGCGAUCGAGUGAUUAUUCACUUUCAUAAGGGCCAACUGCAGUAUUGGACCCGCAGUGGAAACAACUUGACGGACCUCUAUAGCAAACUUCUGCCCAGUAAAAUAACAGGCUGCUUCGCAGAGACUGUUGAAAACUGCAUCAUCGACGGUGAGAUGAUGGGUUACGACACUGAACUUGACGUGUACAUACCGAAGAACUCGGUGGACGUCACAUCUUUCGGUGCACCAUCUGCUCGCCGUGCGUCUUUCGUGGCAUUCGAUAUAGUUCUGCUUAAUAACAAUAACAUCGCGAGUAGACCUUUCAAAGUCAGGAAGGAAAUCUUGCGCGGAGUCCUGAAGGAGCAAAAGGGUAUACUACUGGUAGCAGAGACACGUAUAGCUUCAUCCAAGAACGAUAUCAGCGAACUGCUAAACGAAGCCAUCGAGAACCGAGAAGAAGGCGUGAUGGUGAAGGAUCCCAAUUCAGAGUACGUCCCCAACCGUAGGAGGAACAGCGGGUGGAUCAAAGUAAAACCGGAGUUUGUGAGCGAACUGAGCGACCUUCUAGACCUACUAAUAAUAGGAGGUUACUACGGAUCAGGGAAAAGAAAGAACAUAAUAUCACACUUUCUGCUUGGUGUUCUUCUGCAAACCGACGAUCCCGGCCCGCAAGCAAACGCUCCCGUCUUCCUAUCCUUUUGCAAGGUGGGCUCCGGCUAUACGUUGGAAGACCUCGAGAGCAUGUCUCAAAAACUAGACCGUCAUUGGAUAAAAUUCUCAAUAGUUCGUCCACCGCAUUUUCUUGAACUUACAGAAGGAUUUAAAGAAAAACCCGACGUGGUUAUCCACCCCUCAAGAUCUAUGGUUGUCAGCGUGAAAGCUGCAGAAAUAGUCCCCUCCACAAAGUUUAAGACCGGCUGCACAUUAAGAUUUCCCCGGCUGGAAUACUUUAGAGACGAUAAGGAAUGGAGAGAAUGCCUCAACUCACAGAUGCUUUACGAGUUAUGGGGAAAUGCCGGCGGGAGACUUCUAUCAAAAAGAGUAGAGCAGGAACAUUUUGAGCUGGCAACAAAAAGAUCCCGAAGACCCGUAGCUGGUUUGGCGCUCAUGGACAAGUAUAAAGGCCCUGACUUGUCCGCCAUUGAAGAGGAUGCCGACAUUUUCAAAGGAAAAGAGUUCUUAGUAGCGUGUGAAGGGAAGAAAGAAAUAGAGAUUUUAAUAACAAAACUCGGCGGUUUAUGCGUCCAGAAUUUCAGAGUAGGGAAGACCACGUGUGUAAUAGCCAACAAGGAGAACUUGAGGGUGCGAAGCAUUGUCAAGUCGAAGGCGGCGGACGUGGUGUCACCGCAGUGGAUACAGGAAUGUUCAGCUGCAGAAAAAUUACUCCCCUUCAACCCCAAGCACCUUCUUUUUGCCACGGAGGCCACAGAGAAAGACGUGUACAGCUAUUUCGACCGUCACGGUGAUAGCUACACAGAACCUAUUAAGGACCAGGACGAGCUAAAGGGAUUGUUUGACAAGAUGCCUUGCGCGCUAACCAACCAAUCACUGGACAUAGCCGACCUGGAGCACAAGUACAUGGACAAAGACGGCGGUGAGUGCGUCAUGAGCGUUUUCAGGAUUUGCGUUUGCUACGUAGACUUCUAUAAAGAAGUUGGAAAUCCGCAACAAAGACUAUGCAAGUCAUAUCUAGAAAUAAGUGCUGCCCAAAUAGAAAUGUUCGGAGGAAAAGUGGUGAAGAGCAUCAAUGGGGAGAUAAUUACCCACGUGGUAUGUGACCGUGACGAUUAUAGUCGGUUGGAAGCAAUUAACAGAAUAAACAGAGGAAGAGUGAAAAAGUAUCACGUGGUUGAAAAGUGCUGGGUAACGAGCUGGCAAAAGUCCUUAACGAGGCAAGUAGUAACCACUUCGCUUGCAGGUCUCCGAAUCCAUCAAGUACAGAAGAAAAGUCAAAGAAACUCUUUUUCCUUGCCGUUUAUAAAAAUAGGAAAUUUAAGUGUAAGAUGCCAGCAGAUUCCGAACUUCUUUCUGGCCACAUUCAAAACAAAAUAAAUCCACAGUCACGUCUACACUCUUCUUCUGGUGGCAUUUAUAAGUUGCAGGUAAA